AUGAGACAAGUUGAUUGUGCCGCAAACGGUGAUUUCUGUGGAAAACAGUCAAUAAACUCAUAUCCCACUUUGAGACUGUAUGGCCCUAGUGAAGAUAACACCUCGUACAAAUUGAUAACAACUUACCCGAGUGGAGGCAAGAGAACGCCGCAGAAUUUCUUGAAGUUUUUGAGAUCUCAAUAUGAUGAUCUGAAAAACGACCGUUUCAACCUUCCCGUUAAAGGAGAGGUUUUGACUGAGGAAAAAAUGUUGAAACUAAUGAAUGGAGAUAUUGAAGAACCAGUAUUGGUUUCAUUCUGGCCUACCACUGAUAAAGAAACAACUUUGAAAUAUUUUGAAGAUGUUCACAGCAACCCAAUCAGUUUCAAGAACUGCUAUUCGUGCUUUAACUUGGCAGUUUUAUGGUCCAGAAUAACCAAUCGUUUGCCUGACCUGGAGACUGCCGUCUUCAACUGUGGAGGGACUAAUUCUCGAGUAUGCCAAGCUCUCAAUCUACCCUUUAACGUAAACAGAGCUCAAGUUUCGCCUGAGAUAUACAUGUUCUUGCCAAACUCUCAUGGAGGCAUUCGUGUGAAAUAUAAUCAUGACCUGGUAAUUUCUGACAUUGUAGAUUGGUCAGAAAGAUUGUUAGCCAAUGCUCAAGCUGAGGAGGUCACUUUAGAUUCAUUGGCGGAAAAGAUGACUUUAUUGAAUCCAGCUAAGGGUCUAGACUUUUUCAAGGGUCCAGAUCCAAACCAGAAGCAGGUAUUUGUCUACUAUUAUGAAGAAGGCUCUGACGCACCUGAGGAUUUUGAAAUAUGGCCUCAUCUCCUUCAGCCUAUCAUGGAUUUGACUACGAAUACUUAUAUCUAUCGAUCCAAAGAUUCUCAGCUAGAAGAUUUGCUUGAUAAAAAGUACAAGAAGCUUAUUGAUUAUAUCAAUCAACCUGACUUUGAGCCGGAGAGACCUUUAAAUAGGGAGACCUAUCUGGCAAGAACAAUCACAUCCGUUCCAACAUUCCUCGUUUUCAAAGAUAAUAAUAUGAUUCCAACAGUCUACCAAAACUUUUCACCCAAUGAGAUCAGAGAUGUCAAGAAAGUCGUCAAUUUUAUUGAACAGAAUCAGUUCCCAUUAGUGGACAGAUUGACAACUGAUAAUUACGAAUCGUACUUCCCAAAGUUUAACCCACAAAUUCACGAUAAAGACGAAAAGAUUGUCAUUUCUUUCUUCUCUUCUGACAAUAAAACACAGACUACUAAUGAUUACAACCAGCUUUUGUUUGUUCAGCAUUCGUAUGACUAUAUCAAACACCAAAAUAGAUUUGAUUUGAUCGAAAAGGCUCGAGCUGACAAGACUGACAAGUCAGAGCAGUUGAAGGGGGAGGGCAUGGAUCCAAAAGAGAUCAUCAAAGUUUUAUCCAAGAAGAUUGACCAUUUAAACAACGUUGGAAAUGUGUUGACGGUAUACGUGGAUUUAGCUGAUGAUCGGAAACUUCUUGAGAAGACAGGAUGGAUAUCGAGUAGAACAAAGUACAAACCAGGUGAAUCUAUAAUAGUGACCAGAUUCGGCAAACAUUAUUGGGAUAGAGAUGUUUUUGGACACAAGCUAAUGACCACUGCUCAAAGCUUGCGAGAAACGCUCUCUUACCUUUUGUUUCCAUCCACAUAUAUUCCACCAGAAAAGAAGACUACAGUGAGACCAUCUCCUAGAGUUGCAGGGUCACCAUAUCCCGAUGCAUUUGCGUUCGUAGAUAUCAUUCAUCAGUACGGGUUGUUUGGUUAUCUGUUAAUUAUUACAUCUGUUAUUGGGGUGUACAUGCUUAUCAAGAGUCAUCGGAGAAGGUCCCGCAAGGCCAAAUUUCUUUCGCACAGAAGCCACAAGGAAGGAUUUCAAGAUGCUUACAUCGAAUUGAGCAAACACGAUUAG